AUUCCAACCCGAGAGACACCAGGCUGAAGACCAUGGUCUCGAAGCUGACUCAUCUCCAAGUGGAGCUGCUGGAAGCGCUGCUGGAGUCGGGGCUGACCAAGGAGACCUUGAUCAAGGCACUGAGCGAAGCGGAACCCUACGGGCUGCAGAGCGAGAGUCAGCGCGCUAUCAAUGCCCUCCAGAGUGAGAAAGGGGAGCCCUGCCCCGACAUCCCCAACCUCCCCAACGGAAUGGGGGAGUCCAGGGUAUCAGAAGAUGAAACCUCAGAUGACGGAGAGGAAUUUACCCCUCCAAUAAUGAAGGAGCUGGAAAACUUGAGCCCUGAGGAGGCUGCUCACCAGAAGGCUGUGGUCGAAAGACUAUUACAAGAGGAUCCCUGGCGAGUAGCAAAGAUGGUGAAGUCUUACCUCCAGCAGCACAACAUCCCUCAGCGUGAGGUGGUGGACACCACAGGUCUGAACCAAUCCCACCUCUCACAACACCUCAACAAGGGCACUCCCAUGAAGACCCAAAAACGGGCAGCCCUGUACACCUGGUACGUCCGGAAGCAGCGAGAGGUGGCCCAGCGUAAGUAUGGCAACAACUGCUCUCCUGUCUCGGUGUCACAAAGGCCUCUGCUCUCCCUCGCUCGUCCCUACUCCUUAUUGUUUUCAAGGAAAAAAUUCCCUUGCCCCUUUCUGCUUGCAGAAUUCACACAUGCUGGCCAGGGUAUCCUGACAGACGAGCCCAUGGGAGAUGACUUGCCCACCAAGAAGGGAAGAAGGAACCGCUUUAAGUGGGGUCCUGCCUCACAACAGAUCCUGUUCCAAGCCUACGAGAGGCAGAAAAACCCCAGCAAAGAAGAGAGGGAGGCACUGGUGGAAGAGUGCAACAGGGCAGAGUGUAUUCAGAGAGGUGUUUCCCCAUCGCAGGCCCAGGGACUGGGCUCAAACCUGGUGACAGAGGUCAGAGUUUACAACUGGUUUGCCAAUCGCAGGAAGGAGGAGGCUUUCCGGCACAAGCUGGCCAUGGACACCUUCAAUGGACCACAGCCCACCUCUGCCCCUCCUCUAACUCCCCACAGCUCCUCCUCCCUCCAGCCACCACCUGCUCUCUCACCCAGCAAGGUUCACGGAGUGAGGUACAACCAGCAGCCAGCCAGUGAGGCAGAGUCCUCCAGCAGCAACCACCACGGGAACAGCUCCAUGGUGACCACCCAAACCAUCCUGCAUCAGGUUUCUCCCCCUGGACUGGAGCCCAGCCAGAACCUGCUGAGCACAGACACCAAGCUGGUAUCAGCUCCCGGGGGAACGCUCCCUCCUGUCAGCACCCUGACUGCCCUGCACAGCCUCGAGCAAAGCCCGCACACGCUGAGCCAGCAGACCCAGAACCUGAUCAUGGCAUCCCUGCCGGGGGUCAUGGCGAUCGGGGCGGGCGAGACCCCGUCCCUGGCACCCGCCUUCACCAACACGGGAGCCUCCACCCUGGUGAUCGGCCUGGCCUCAACCCAGCCCCAAAGUGUUCCUGUAAUAAACAGCAUGGGGAGCAGCCUCACUACCCUGCAGCCUGUUCAGUUCUCCCAGCAACUGCACCCAUCCUACCAGCAGCCCCUCAUGCAGCAGGUCCAGAGCCACAUCAACCAGAGCCCCUUCAUGGCUACCAUGGCUCAGAUACAGAGCCCUCACGCUCUUUAUGGCCCCAAGUCUGAAGUGACUCAAUACACGCAUGCAGGCCUCUUACCACAAACCAUGGUGAUAACAGACACAGCCAAUCUCAGUGCCCUGACCAACCUGACACCAACUAAACAGGCAUUCACACCCGACUCAGAAACUCACACCGAGUCUGGGAUGCACACACCAGUGUCACAGGCACCAACAAUCCAUCUACAGAACCAAGACACAACAAUCCAGCACCUUCAGCCAGGCCCACGCCUCACCUCGAGCCCUGCUGUGUCCUCCAGCAGCCUGGUCUUGUACCAAAGCUCUGACUCCACCAACAGUCACAGCCAGCUGCUGCCAUCCACUCACAACGUCAUUGAGACCUUCAUCUCCACACAGAUGGCAUCUUCCAGCCAGUAACCACCACAAGUAGCUCCUGAGUGACUGCCACAACCAACCUGCCAGGCGCAACUCCAGCCGUGUUUGCCACCACAGCCUCACACAAACCCCUGCUCAGCUGCCUCCAGGAGAGAAAACGACUCAGGCUCAAGACAGAAAACACGGAAAGAUGAUGCUGGCACUGCUGAAAUCCACUGCCACCCCCUCCGUCCCCAAAAAAACCCCCAGCAAACCUAAACCCUAGCAGCCAGCUCAGAAUGGCCAGACAUCCUUUUGUGGCUGCCCAAGAAGGAAUCCCAACAGUGCCAGGACGUGGAUGGGACUUUAAUUCAUUCAGCUUUCAUCAAGCUGGGCCUGUAUGAAGCUGUCAGCACCAGACUAAAUUAUGUGGGAAAGAGUAAGGCUGAGCUGCCAAAGAAGGGACACCACCUUUAAACACUCUCCUCCUUUGCUGCAAGGAAACACCAACAGAACUAUAAAAAAAUAACAGAACCUUGGAAGUUCUUGACUUUGCAAUGAGAAUAACCAAGAACAGAUUUGGGAAUGGCUUGGCACAAAGCUGUCAGUAUGGGAUCACUGACAAGCUACAAAUUCUUAAUUAACUACCAAAAUACCAAACAUUCUCAGUUCAAAAUGACCUGCUCUAAAAUAAUGCUCUCCUAAUGGAAAUGGCUUGGUUGUUUCUGAUAUAGCUCUGCUUUGUUUUAAAUGCAGAAAUUAAAGUUAAACAGCUGCAAGGAGA